AUGCUCAAACUCACUCUGCUCAAAUCUUCGGCCUGUUCGACACAGGCCUCUAUUAUUCGAAAUCCGCUUGUUCGACUUGUUACUCGAAAUUUUGGUGAUUUCCAUGCCAAAAUACCUCUUGGAACACCAGUUGUCGAUACAUCGUUGGAGAUUCCUUAUCCGAAGGACAAAAUUCUGGCUACGUAUAUAUGGAUUGAUGGUACGGGAGAGCAUUUGAGAGACAAACAACGUACACUAGACAAGGAUCCUGGAAAAGCAGCAAACUAUCCGACUUGGAGCUUUGACGGAUCGUCGACGUUGCAAGCAGAAAAAGGAGAGGACUCGGACAUGAUUUUGAAGCCGGCUGCCGUUUAUCCCGAUCCGUUUUGUGGAGGUCCUCACAAGCUUGUUCUUUGCGAAGUUCUCGAUGCUCAUUCUAAGCCUGCAAGUGAGUAA